AUGGCCGAAGCCAGGCAGUCCUCAAACCCUAAUGAGAUUACAGCAUUGAGAGCCAAACUCCCCCCGCAGCAGGGGAACACUGUCUUGAAGAGGACACAGCAGGUGCAGAAGGAAGUCUUUCAACUGAAUGAAAAAGUGACACAGGGACUGGGGGAUGCCGGGCAUGACCGGGACUUCAUCUGGGGCGAAGUGUUCCGGCAAAUAAAGGCUGUACUGGCAGGCAAUGAAUCCUCUUGUGAGCCUUGCCCCCUGGACUGGAAGGUCUUUCAGGGCUCCUGCUACUUCUUUUCCCCGGACAACCUCACCUGGACCCAGGCUAAUGAUUCUUGUGUCCAGAAGAAAGCUCACCUGGUUAUCAUCAACAGCAGAACAGAACAGGACUUCCUGACAUCAACUGCGCAGGUGACAUCCUGGGUAGGCCUCUUCAAAGAGGGCCAGAAAGGCAACCACAGGUGGAUGGAUGGCUCAACACCCACCUACAUCAACUGGGACUCCGAGGAGCUACAUGAUAAUGUAGCUGUCCCAGCCUGCAUGACGAUGCACAGCUACGGACACUGGAGUGACUUCUCCUAUGAAUUAGGCAGAUUUGCUUUCAUUUGUGAGAGGCGGCAGAACUGCUGA